AUGUCUUCUCGAGACAUAGACAGAGGCAGCGGUGAUGCGGAAUUUCGCGUCAAGAGCGAGUCUCUUGAGCCGCCUGCACUGUCAGAUCUAGCUGUUCCUGUGCGGAAGCCUAAGAAGCCGAGACAUGCCACAGUCUACGAUGCCGUCGCCGGGAAAUAUUCUAUGUUCAAAAAGCGUGUACCGGUUACAAGCACCCAUGAUUUCAUUCUUGCUCCAGAGGAUGUGCUAUUUCAGCACCCCGACGCACCAACACGCUAUCACGAAAAAGACAUAUACUUUACGAAUGAAGACCUUCCGAAUGCCGGCGAGGGUUUAAUACCGAACAGCGAGCUGCUAGACGAGGUGCAUACGUAUACGAGCCGUUUCUACGAGGCACUGGCAAUACGGGCAGAGCAAAGGUUAGACCGGACGCAGACCGGCAUUGUCAAUGCCAGGCUGCUAGACGAGCGCAGCAUGGACGAGACGGCUUUGAUUGCCUUUGGCAUUUUGCUGGAAGAGGCAGGCCGACACAUCUUAGGAGCGCGCGGCGAUCUCGUCUUUACGGAAGCAGACGACGAAGAUGAUGACGAGUCCGAGGAGACAGAAGGGGGAGGCGAGGGGGAAGAGGCGGAAUCGGUACACACGACAGGCAGAUCGGUCGACUCAAAAGAGCCAAAAAGUGCAGAUUCAGAGGAGGAGGAGAGAGAACAGGCUCAGAAGAAACAGCGGUUGAAGCGCCGAAAGUUGUCUGGUAGACGCCAGACACUUGGCAGCGAUGAUGAAUGA